UAAAGUUGAGCUAAAUCUUGAAGAUUAGUUGUUUCAACAGCAGUCUAAAUGUGAAAUUUAUAUGUUUUGAAUUAGUUAAUGUUCAACUGACUUGGAUCUGGUAGCCUGGAAAGAAGAUAAGGAAUUCUGUUGAUGAUGCCUGCUUGGUCAUCUUCUCACACUGUUUAUUUCAGUACCAUCUAAUACUAAAUUCAGUUAUAUCAGAAGGUAGCUUGUACGCUAUCAGAGGAUCCUUUUGUAUCCAUGCUCGGAGAGGGCAUGCUUGGAAUCUGUGUUUUGGGUAAUGCCCCUGACGAGAAAUUCUGCCGAAGCAUUCGGUGUGUUGACAAUUUGUCUAGUUGCUCUCCUUAUUCUUCUUGGUUUAGUGUGCAUAGGAUACUUGUUUUACCUACGUUCGCAUGUUCUUAGACAAGGAUUUGUUCAGGUCAAUUAUUUUACCGGUCCUUGGAUCAUCCGAAUCACAUUCAUUUUGUUCACCAUCUGGUGGGGUUUUGGUGAAAUUGUAAGGCUAAAUUUUCUAAGACGACAGGGAAGAGUGUUGAAUGCACUAAAUUUGAAAAGGCAAGAAAACAUCUGCAAAUGUUACAUUGUCUUGAAUUUAGGUUUUGCAGAACCUUGUAUCUUCCUCACUGUUGUUUAUCUUCUUCGUGCUCCACUACAAAAUAUGGACACUGGAAUUCUACGCAAAAAAUGGAGCGGGAAAACUGCAGGCUACGUUCUUCUCUACUGUCUCCCGGUUUUUGUUCUUCAACUCAUUAUUAUUUUGAUUGGACCAGAGUUACUCAAGGAUAGGAGAGAAUGGCCGCCAUAUUUCACUAGAGCAGCCACUCCAGUGAUGCAAGACUCCGAUAACAUCGCUCUUUGCACUUACCCGUUGCUGAAUACAAUUAUUAUCGGACUUUUUGUUACCUUCUUCACUGCCUACUUGUUUUGGCUUGGAAGACAGAUUUUGAAUUUGGUUAUCAACGAGGGUUUGCAGAAGAGAGUUUACAGAUUAAUUUUUUCGGUGUCGAGUUUUCUUCCAUUAAGGGUUCUGUUACUUGGUUUAUAUAUUUUAUCUAAGCCAGGGGAAUUUCUCUUUGAAGCUCUUGCGUUCUCAGCUUUUCUUGUCCUGCUGUGUUGUGUUGGGAUUUGUAUUUGCAUACUUGUACGUUGCCCGGUCGCGGACUGUUUAGCCUUGGAGAAUCUUCAUGACCUGGAAGCUAGGAGAAGGUUGGUUGUUGAUGAUCAAAAUGACACUGUUUCUCUUAUGGCUAAUCAGAGGAAUUCUGAUGCCUCUUCAAGGCCUGGGUCAAUUUCUUUACGGACUUUUGAACAAGAUGCUACAGCGGCUGGGGCCUUAAUGGAACCGAGCCUCUUCUUUCUUAACCGAGAUGCAAUGCCACCAGGAUAACCUCCUCUUUGGGACUGGCCGAUGCGACCUUCAACACAUGUUCAUGUACCCUAAAAGUAAGCAAGAAUCUGAGUCGCGAAUAUUAAUUGUAAAGGGUUUUAGCUUCGAUACAUGGUUUGCUUUUCAAACAUUAGAUAUGGUGAUUUUGCUUGAUGGAAUUUAUAUCCCCCCGACAUUAACAUCUGAAUA